AUGAACUGAUAGUGAUUUUAUAAGAGCACAUUAAGAUAUAUAAAGUUAAACGCAAACUAUUCCACAUUCUGGCAUUUGAUUGAAGAAGAAUUUAAUGUUUUUAUAUAAAAAUACAAUCUCAUUGUGUAAACAAACAAUUUAGAUCGCAAUCAGCUUAAAUCCAAAGACUAUAUCUUGGAGACUGGGACAUCGUUUAGAUCAGACUUAAUACAAACGGACUGAGAAAACAACCCAAAAGGAACUGAGAGAAAAAAUACAUAACAAACUUUGUAAUAUUAAAUAAAGGAAGGAGGUUAAUACAUUCCUAGGAAUCUUUCAAUUGGUCAUUUUCUGCAUCAAAAAUCUCACGCCCAAUCAUGACAUCCAUCGAUAUGAGGAAUGUGAUGAUAAAGUGUCUGGUGGUGAUAAUCCUACAUCAGGUCAUCAAUCCCUCGACAACCGAUGGUUCUGAGUUAAAUUGGAGUAGAAAGCAGCUGACGAAUUUAACAGCAAGCAUGUUUGAUCCUUAUCCUGACACCACCAUGUUAUACCUAGAUAUAAACGAGAUAUCAGAGAUAGAGAUCGGGGCGUUGUCUGGUUUGCAGUCACUUGAAACGUUGACCUUGCUCAUGAAUAAACUGACAAUACUAAAAAGGGGCAUGUUCAGUAAUCUUUCAUCACUAACUGGUCUUAAUCUAGGCGAGAAUGAAAUAUUUCAGGUAGAGCCUGGUACAUUUUCUGACUUGCAAUCAUUGACAACCUUAGUUCUGUUGAGAAAUAAACUGAUAAUAGUGACCACUGACAUGUUUGGUGGUCUUACAUCACUGAAAUUGCUUUAUCUUUCUUUUAAUGUCAUAUCAGAGGUAGAAUAUGGUGCAUUUAGAGAACUCAGUGCCCUUACUGCUCUCAUUUUAGACGGUAAUAAUCUUGAUCAUAUACCAGCUGAUAUAUGUCAGUUCAUGCCAAGCCUUGAGUAUUUAUCGAUGGGUGGAAAUAAUAUAACAUCCGUGUCAGAUGAAAACUUAAGUAAUGUAACUGCAAUAAGGGACAAAGACCUUUGCUCCAAAAUAGUAGAAACCGGCUAUUCGUCUACACAGACAUCCACGCAACCAACACAGACAUCCAUUCAACCAACACAGACAUCUAUUCAACCAACACAGACAUCCACGCAACCAACACAAACAUCCAUUCAACCAACACAGACAUCCAUUCAACCAACACAGACAUCCAUCAAACCUACACAGACAUCCACGCAACCAACACAGACAUCCACGCAACCAACACAGACAUCCAUUCAACCAACACAGACAUCUAUUCAACCAACACAAACAUCCACGCAACCAACACAAACAUCCAUUCAACCAACACAGACAUCUAUUCAACCAACACAGACAUCCACGCAACCAACACAAACAUCCAUUCAACCAACACAGACAUCCAUUCAACCAACACAGACAUCCAUCAAACCUACACAGACAUCCAUUCAACCAACACAAGCAUCCACAAAACCACCACAGGCAUCCAUUCAACCACCACUGGCAUCCAUUCAACCAACACAAACAUCUACACAAGCAAUACAGGCAUCCAUUCAGCCAACUCAGACAUUCAUUCAACCAACACAGGGGUCUACUCACACAAUGAAUCCAUCCUCCAGGGCAAACGACCCCAACUCAUUAUCUUCGAUAGGCAUUAAUAAUUCCAUAAUCCUUGGCUUAGCAUGUGCAACAUCUGCGUUAUGUAUAUUGGUCAUUGUUCUUAUAUGUAUCGUAUUCUACCUUUUGAAAACGAGACAAUCAAAUACCGCUGGUCCAACAAGUAUUAACACCGGAGAUGACAUGUGGUUGAAACCGAAUGGUGAAUAUCUGUUUAUGUAA